AUGCUGUCUAUUAAUGCUGUCGUAUAUGAAUGUUCUGGAAGGUUUCAAGUUGGUACGAGAAUGUCGGAGAGUUUUGCUUACAAGAGCGUGAAGAUUGUAAUCUUCUCAAAUAAACUCAACUUCCUUAUGUCUUUUGGGCCGCUAGCAAUUCUUGUGGAUAAGUUGACUGGACACAAUAGUUGGGUCUUCUUCCUGAGUCUAUUGGGUAUCAUACCGUUCGCUGAGCGGUUAGGUUAUGCAACAGAGCAGCUGGCUUUUUACACUGGGCCUACAGUUGGCGGUCUACUAAAUGCUACUUUUGGAAAUGCAACAGAACUCAUCAUAUCAAUUUUUGCACUGAAAAAUCAAAUGAUACGUGUUGUUCAGCUAUCCUUGCUAGGCUCAAUUCUGUCGAACAUGUUGCUGGUGCUUGGUUGUGCAUUCUUCUGUGGUGGGCUUGUUUUCAACAAAAAGGAACAGACUUUUAACAAGGCAGCUGCUGGUGUCAACUCAGGAUUGUUGUUAAUGGCUGUCAUGGGCCUUCUUUUUCCUGUUCUUCUCAACUACACCCACAGCGAAGCCCAUUUUGGGAAGUCGGAAUUGGCACUUUCUAGAUUCAGCAGUUGCAUUAUGCUUCUGGCUUAUGCUGCUUAUCUUUUCUUUCAGUUAAAAAGUCAGAGGAAUAAUUAUUCUUCCGUUUAUGAGGAAGAAACUCGGAGUGAAGAAAUCUCAGAUGAAGAUGAAGCUCCUGAGAUCACCAAGUGGGAAUCAGUUAUCUGGCUAUCAAUUUUGACUGCCUGUAUCUCCGUUCUAUCAGAAUACUUGGUUGAUGCAAUCGAAGUUGCAUCUGAAUCAUUGAAAAUCCCAGUGUCGUUUAUUAGUGUUAUACUGCUUCCGAUUGUGGGGAAUGCUGCUGAGCAUGCAAGCGCUGUUAUGUUUGCUAUGAAAGAUAAGCUUGAUAUUUCUCUGGGUGUAGCCAUCGGAUCAUCAACCCAGAUAUCUAUGUUCGGGGUUCCCUUCUGUGUGGUAAUUGGGUGGAUUAUGGGACAACCAAUGGACUUGAACUUUAAACUCUUCGAGACAGCUACACUUUUUAUAACUGUAAUAGUAGUAGCUUUCUUGCUGCAGGAAGGAACUUCAAAUUACUUCAAGGGACUUAUGCUUAUCCUUUGUUAUCUGAUAGUGGCAGCUAGUUUUUUCGUGCACGUUGAUCCUCCUUUACCCGAGGGCAAACUGGAGAGUUUGAAAGCGUAGCUGAGGAGGAACCUUCAGUGAAAUUUAGAAGGGUUCUCUCCAAGAAAACUUAGCUCAAAGGUUGUGUUACAAUGCAAGAGGUGCUGUAAGUGCCUAAGCAUACUGGUCUAUCUUGGGCUUCUUUUAACUAGGAAACAUGAUUCAGUGUAAUUUUACUGUAAAUAUUGUUCAUUUCCAGAUGCUAGACCUGCAACUUUUGUGAAUAAAAAUGUGUU